CAUGUGUUUAGCGAUAUCUGUCAAAAUACCGCCCUAAUCUGUAAAUCUGUUUAUUUGUAUUUAUUGUGGGUUGGGUUAAAAAUAUGUGAAGAAUUUAUACAUAUCAGUGGUUUUUAAAAACCAACGAAAUAAAGUGGCUAAAAUGUCGGACCACCAAAUAGAAUUAGACGCUGAUGUAGGGGCAUCGAAUGAUUCUGACUUGGAGUGUUCGCAGAGUGUUUGUUCGGACACUCACAGUGACAAUACGUCUGCCUCUGUUAUAACUGAAAAGAGUACGCUAAGUGAAAGUACCAUUCAUGCUUUAUCAGCUGCCAGUGAAGGUGAAAAUGUGGGAAAUUUGCCCACAUUCCCUAUCGGCUCUGAAAAGAGGUGCUCCAAUAUUGUGGCAGUACUCAACAGGGGUAUGUUACUGCCAUGGGGUGCACAAAAAGAAAGAAUUCCUCAAAUUAUUUCUGGGUCGAAUGUGGAUGUGGAUAUAAGACCUGGGGAAUUUGUGAUGAGAAAUUUGUUUGGGAUUUUUACGAUAUUGGCCGAGAAAAAAAUCGAGUUUGUGUUGACAGAGCCUCAGGAAAAACCUCUCUCGAAAACCCUCCAACGCGGCGAAGACGGCCAAUUCGACCAGCUAUUGUCAGCGUUCGGCUCUGUGGCCGAACAUUGUCUCCCAUCCCUGCUGAAAGCUCUGUUUUCGUGGUACGAACGGCAAAUGUCCGAGGUACAAAGCCAAGAACACAAAAAAUCCGACAUCAAACAGAAGAGCAUCAUCAAUAUAGUUGCCGGAAACACCACGGAAACUGUGGAGCGGUCCGAAGCCGAUAUACAGAAGGAAAAAAGGGAUUUAGCGGUGGAAUUCAUUUUUUGCCUGGUGCUGAUUGAAGUGCUCAAACAGCUGAGCUUUCAUCCUGGACACGAAGAUCUAGUUCAGUACAUUGAGAAUAUCGCGCUGAAGCACUUUAAGUAUAGAGAGGGCAUACAAACAAGUCCAAACGGAGCGAACAUCCACAUGAUCUCCGAUUUGUACGCAGAGGUCAUAGGGGCGCUCGCGCAGUCUCGGUUUAUGUCGGUUAGGACUCGGUUCAUGUCGGAAUUGAAAGAGUUGAGGACCAGGGAGUCAAGUCCUCACAACACCCAGAGCAUCAUAAGUCUCUUGAUGGGCAUGAAGUUCUUUAGAGUUAAAAUGGUGCCAAUAGAGGAGUUUGAGGCCUCCUUUCAGUUCAUGCAGGAGUGCGCUCAGUAUUUUUUGGAGGUUAAGGAUAAGGACAUCAAGCACGCGCUGGCCGGUCUGUUUGUGGAGAUCUUAGUACCAGUGGCAGCUGCGGUCAAAAACGAAGUAAACGUCCCGUGCCUGAAGAAUUUCGUCGACAUGUUGUACUCGCAAACUCUCGACGCCAGUACGAAAUCAAAACACAGACUUGCUCUAUUUCCUCUGGUUACUUGCCUACUGUGCGUCAGUCAAAAAACGUUUUUCCUGCAAAACUGGCACUGCUUUUUGGCCAUGUGCUUGUCGCAUUUGAAAAACAGAGAUCCCAAGAUGUGCAGAGUAGCCUUGGAAUCCCUUUACCGCUUGCUGUGGGUCUACAUGAUCCGCAUUAAGUGCGAAAGCAACUCAGCCACGCAAUCGCGCCUACAAAGCAUAGUAAACUCGCUAUUCCCCAAGGGAUCUAAAGGUGUGGUGCCUCGCGACACCCCCUUGAACAUAUUCGUGAAAAUAAUCCAGUUCAUAGCGCAAGAGCGUCUCGAUUUCGCCAUGAGAGACAUCGUGUUCGAUUUGUUGUCCGUAGGCCGACCUUUCAAAGUUAUCUUGACCCCGGAGCGCAUGAGCAUCGGAUUGAGGGCGUUUCUGGUGGUGGCCGACAGUUUGCAGCAGAAAGAGGGGGAGCCGCCCAUGCCGCGUUCCGUGGGGGUUUUACCCAGCGGUAAUACCUUGAGGGUGCGCAAAACUUUCCUCAAUAAAACUUUGACGGAAGAUGCCGCCAAGAGUAUCGGGAUGAACGCGUAUUUUCCGCACGUUCGUAGGGUGUUCGUGGAUAUUUUGCGGGCCUUGGACACUCACUACGGUAGGCCUCUCAUGAUGACCAACACGCAGAAUGUUAAUAAGGAACCGGAUGAAAUGAUAACCGGGGAGAGAAAACCCAGGAUCGAUUUGUUUAGGACUUGCGUCGCCGCAGUUCCAAGGUUGACACCAGAUGGCAUGACAGGCAGUGAACUAGUAGAACUCCUAAGCCGCCUCACAGUCCACAUGGACGAAGAACUGCGCGGUCUGGCCUUCCAAAGCCUACAAACUCUGGUAAUCGACUUCCCCGACUGGAGGCAAGACGUACUCUGGGGUUUGACCCAAUUCUUGGCAAAAGAAGUGCUAGACACGUUUCCACUUUUAAUGGACAACGGUCUCAAGAUGAUCCUGACGCUGUUGUGCAGCUGGAAAACAGCCAUAUCCAGCGGCAGUUUCCCAGUGACUACCCUGAAGAUCGGGAAAGAUUACAGCGACAUAAAGUCGGCUCACACGGUGUACGAUCCGAAUCUAAACAAGAGAACCGACGUGAAUAGCAAGUCGGAGCCUCUAUCGUCCGUACUGCAUCUGGUGGAGGCUCUAGCGUUCGUAAUGCUGUGCAACUACCGGCUCACGACGCGUAGGGUGUCGGUGUUGAUUCUUAAGGAGGUCAAGGCGCUUUUGAAGUUGCUGAACUGCUCCGAAAACCCUCCAGUCAUCGACGUGAUAGAUCAGUGCUUCCCCCAAGUCGUCGAAAAAUGCCUGCCGCUCAUCCCGGCCAGCGAGAAAUCCGCCAUACAGGCGAUGCCCAGCGUGGACCUGCAGUGGGUGUGCGAAAGGAGCUCUUCGAUUUGGACUGCCGGACUCGCCGAAGACGGUUCCAUAAAAAACGGGGCCAGCUACGUUUUCACCGCCAACGAUCCGUGGAGUAUUUGCAUUUUCGGGUGUCUGGAAAGGGAGAGGAUUCUGACGAAGUGCCCCAUCAUGGUCAUGCACAGCUGGCCCACCGUGUACAACAGACUCAACUCGUUGUAUUCCGUCGUGGAUCCAACUCCGUUAAAUGACAACAGGGCCUCUUUACUGAGAAGCGCCACUGCGGUGAAAAAACCACCCACGGAAAGGGACGCUUAUAUGCACCUAUGGAAAAACUAUAUUACUUUUGCCUUUAAGGUGGUACCCCUUAUUUCAAACCCCAUCGUGAGGUGCGCAAGCCCAGACUUAAGCCUAAGUUCUUCCCCCGACAGUUUAAAUAAUACUGAACGUUCAGAUAACAAGAUGUGCCCUGCUAACAUCUCACCGACUGGUUUGUAUAAAUUAGUUGUGCCGCUGUUGAGAUGCGAGGUGAAUGAUAUGAGGGAUUCCGUGGUCUAUGCCAUUGGAAACAUCAACGAGAGCGCUUUGAGGGAUCUACUGGAAGAGUUGGUGGUCUACAUCCGCGAAGCCGUCGACAAAAAGCAGGAAAACGUUCGCCGCAGGAGGAGAAGGGACGCCCUGCGUCUGCAAUUGAUGAGAAUGUUGGAAAUUAUCGCCGAGAACGCCACUUUCAGCGUCAGCUCCUGCGUUUUGGACAAAGACACUCAAUCCCUGCACCCCGCUCUCAUAGAGUACGUUGAGGGCGUCAGAUUUUAUCUUGAGAACGAACCCGACAAAAGUUCCAGCAGCGUGAAGGACUUGACGUUGCAUUUUUGCUAUUUCAUCAGGAAGAUGAUCAAGAAUUUUAGCUUGGAGACAUGUCGUAGCCUCUUCAAAAGAGACCUAAGACGCAACCUGUUCAUUCUAUUUUCGAACUGGGUAGGAAAAUACGCCAUACCGUACGUCCCCUCGUCGGACAUAGACACGGUGAACAAAAAAAAUGCGGAACUGCAAUUUAUUUCCCUGCAGGCUAUGAGUUCCAUUUUGUGUUGCGGCCCCUGCUUCGACACGAACGAUUUAAGCGAAGACAGCAUGUUUUACUUGUGGCUGAAUGGGUUGUUGAACAGUUCUGAUGAAAAAGUUUAUAAUUUGGCCCAAGAAACAGUAAUUCUUUUGUUGGAAUCUAAUCCUGAUGUGGGGCCUUUAUUGGACUGGGUUGUGGAUAAGUGCUAUACCGGAACCUGUUCAGUGGCUGAUGGUUGUUUUUUGGCUUUGGCCACUAUUUUUAGUGCUAGAGAAUAUCCUUGUGAUCACUAUACAGCCAUCAUAAACGUGACCUUGAUGAAUACAGGGUGCCCCAGGCAAGUAGUCAGAGACACUGCCUUACAGUUAUUGCAACUUUUGGACAAAAGGUUCUUUGGGUGUGUUGGACCUUUACCUGAGGGUGAUUCCGACGGUGAAAAUAAAGUAAGAGGAACUCUGGACGCAAUAUUGGCCCGCUCGUUUUGUAGAUCUCAAACCCAUUUAUCCAGACAAUUGUCACUUUUGCACCCCGAACUGACCAUGCCAAUGUUUUCCGAAAUCACUUACAGAUUCCAAACUGCACGCCCGGAAGUAAGGCAGCUUCUCUUGCAAUACUUGCUACCCUGGUUGCAUAACAUGGAACUGGUGGACCCAAACGUGCCCCCCACAAACACCCACAUGUAUCAGUUUUAUGCCAAUAAUGAAAUUUCCACGGAAAGAAAAGAUGGGUGGGGGUCAGCUGAAGCUACUCAAAUGGUUUUGAACAAUAUUUUCUACAUAACUGCAAAGUUUGGAGAUGGUCAUGCAAAAGAGAUAGAAGAAGUUUGGGGCACCUUAUGUACAUCAUGGCCAAAUAACAUGAAAGUGAUAAUCAGAUAUUUGAUUAUAAUAUCCGGAAUGGCCCCUUGCGAUUUGUUACCUUACGCUAAAAGGGUGGUCCUGUACUUGGCCAGGGUGCAACCUGUAAGAUUGCUGGACGAAAUGAUGUUGGAACUGCAAACUGUGGAAACGUUAAACUGCCUGAUUGAAAGAACGGAAACUCCACCUUUCUACCGACUUACGGUGAUGAGGAAAGCUUCCAGCCAUUCGGAUGGCACUAACGGGAAUUCCGGGCAAAGUGACUCCAACAGCAGGAACGACUUGAAUAUUGAGAAAGGUACUAUUCACACCAAGAGACAUAGUGGGGAAGAUCCUUCAAAAAUGUCAAUUUGUAAAUCGGAAUCUGGAACAAAUGUUUUUUCCGAUUAUUCAAUGUCUCGCCCCGAAAAAGUCAGGCAGGAAAUUGAUAUGUACGCUUCAGCAGAUGAUUCGCAAAAUAGCGAAGAAAUUCGCGAUCAAAACGACGUUUCAGUGCCUCAACCUCAUCCCCUCCCGAUGCCGGAAUUCGGAGGGUAUUUUGCCCCCCUCACUGAAUAUUUGCCGGACAGUUCUCAACCCAUUUCCGGAUUUCACAGAUGCAACGUCGGAGUGAUGCUCCUAUGCGACGUCGUCGUCGACGGCAUAGAACUAGACUGGACAGUGCACGUGCCUCUGAUGUUGCACAUCCUAUUCUUGGGCCUGGAUCACACGCGCCCCCUGGUGUACCAGCACUGCAAACAGCUGCUGCUGAACUUGCUGAUCGUUUUGGCGCGCCACAACGAUCAUCUCACCGUUGCGCACAUUUUGCUCAACAGCAAAACCAACCAGCUCGAGUUGGGUCUGUCUACGCCGUCUUUGCCAGUGCUGAACCACGUUUUUACAGAAAAUGACAAACUAAUAGAAGAAUUCCUUCAAGUACCUUUACCGCAAGGUACUGAUACAGCCAAUACCAGCUUACAAUCGCAAAUUUCAUCAACCAGCGAAGAGGGACAAGGCGAACCGGUGGACACCUCAAUCCUGCCGGUCAUAGUGAUAGCGGAAGGGGUACCAACCGAACCCGCUCCGCCAACGAAACUCGAAGUGACGAUCGCGGUCGUGAUCAAAUCGGUGAUCGAGUUUCUGGCGACGCGCCAAAACGUCCAGCUGUGGAACUACGAGGACAUAACCGCGAAAGUUUGGACGAUCAAGAGCGCCGAGCAAAUCGACAUUUUCCUGCAGUACGUCCUAAAAAUAUUCCGCGAAUCUCUGCCGAACGCGCACGUGAACGAGAGGUGGGCGCAGACGGCUCUGCAGCUGGGUCUGAGCUGCUCCUCGCGGCACUACGCCGGGAGAUCCCUGCAGAUAUACAGGGCGCUCAGAGUGCCGAUAACGUCGAGGAUGCUGAGCGACAUACUCAGCAGGCUGGUGGAAACGGUGGCGGAGCAGGGGGAGGACAUGCAAGGCUACGUCACGGAGUUGCUUUUAACGCUGGAAGCCGCCGUCGAUUCGCUGGAAUCCGACUUCAGACCGCUAGAUUUGAUGAAGGAUUUCUUCAAAUCCACGCCGAAUCUGAACAACAAGGAGGCGUUGCUGAACCGCAAAACGUCGGAGGGGCAGCAGGUUAGCAUCGUGGGCGCGCAGGUGCAUGCGCAGAGCGCGCAACCCGGUCACGCGCGAAGCACGAGCUACUCGGUCUCGUACGGCUUCAAAAAAAACGCCGCUGCCACUUCGAGCGACAUCAAGGAACGCUCCAACGAGCACAGGAACAAGUUCGCCUCGAAUUUAUCGAGAUCUCGCUCGGCGCAGAGCUUGAAGUUGCUCGGAGACACGGCAACGCAGGACGACAAGCUGACGAUUCUCGCGCAGCUUUUCUGGCUGGCCGUCUCCCUAAUGGAGAGCGAUUACGAGCACGAGUUCCUAUUGGCCGUGCGGUUGCUGACGAGGGUCAUGCAUCGCCUGCCAUUGGACAGACCCGAUGCCAGGGAUAAGGUGGAGAAGUUGCAGUCGCAGUUGAGGUGGAACGCUUUUCCGGGGGUUCACGCGUUGCUGUUGAAGGGUUGCACUCAUGCAAAUAUCUACGAACCAGUGGUGGCGCUGCUGUCGCAAUUCACCCCACUGUUAAACUUUGUGGUUGUGGACCCUUCGACAAGCAUCGCGUUUCCUAUGAACGUGAUCGCGCUGUUGCCGUAUAUGCUGCUGAAUUACGAGGAUGCCAAUGAACUUUGCAUUAGAAGUGCAGAAAAUAUUGCCCAAGUCAGCAUAGAAAAAAGCAAAAAACUGGAAAACCUAGGCACCGUAAUGACGCUCUACAGUCGCCGUAACUUCAGCAAAGAAAGCUUCCAGUGGACUAAAUGCGUUGUAAAAUACUUGUACGACACUUACUCGCACUUGAGUCUGAACAUGCUCACAUUCCUGGUGGAAAUCCUGGAAAAAGGCCCGAGCAACCUGCAACUCCCUGUCCUGAACAUAAUACACUGCAUCUUGCACUACGUCGACCUGGCGUCGGCGGCCGCUCAGCCAAUCAACGCCGAUCUUUUGCGAGUGAUAGUGAAAUACAUAGAGGGCGCUCAUUGGCGGGAGGCGCUCAAAAUACUCAAGUUGGUAGUGAGCAGGUCCAGCUCGCUCGUGGCGCCACCUACGUCGAUACAGCCGCAGUGGGAAAGCUCCCUCAAUUCCAUUUUGCAUCCCUCGUUCAACGAGGACAGCGUUUUUGCCAAAAAAGAGCUUCCAGGUAGGACGAUGGACUUUACGUUUGAUUUGUCCCAAACGCCGGUUAUUGGAAGGAGAUUUUUGCAUAAAACUGACGAAACCAGUCAAGCUAAAACCUUGGCAACACCGAGAAGAUCUUUUUCUAUUAGUCCUGCCGAUAUAAAUCCGCAAUCAGGGUGGAAAAGGCCCUGGAUGUGCCAGGGUCGUGUGAGAGAAUGUCUGGUCAAUCUUUUGACGACGUGCGGUCAAAGGGUCGGUUUGCCGAAAAGUCCUUCGGUAAUAUUCAGUCAAACUUCCGACAUCAUCGAGAGGCAAUCCAGUAUGGCUUCGAGCACUGAGGAGGUCUCCGCCGGCAAUAACGACGUCAGUGGCGGGUCGAGGAGAGACGACGCCGCUGCCGAGUUCGGUGUUUUCAAAGAUUUCGACUUUUUGGAGUACGAGAGCGAGAGUAUAGAGGGGGAGAGCACGGAUAACUUUAACUGGGGGGUGAGGAGAAGACCUUUCAGUCAAGGCGAAGAAGACCAGCAAAAUUUGAAACAGCUCGAGGACAGUUUGAGCGAAAAAACCCCCGUUUCUACUGUAAGAAAGGUACACAUCUGCCCUUUUAACCAUAAUCGGUUGAUGACUGAAGAAUCUUCCGACGACGAACUCGGUUCGGAAUCGCCCUUAGACGAGAUGGCGGCGGCUCCGGAAUUCGAUAAUAGCACUGUGGAUAACAGCGCCAUCUUUCCGCCAAACUCUCUGAACUUGAGAGAGCACAGCUCUCAGCUGAACUCCAGCGCUAGGUCUGAUACAAGUGGUUCAAGUGCGGGUGAUUUAGGGGAGGUGACACCUUGCAACCAGUCACCGAAUUUUGCCGGCUUAAUGCCGGUUAGAUCGAAAAGUGAUGUUUUGGAGAAUUGGUCCACGUACAUUCAAAGCAAUAUGCUUCAAACGCCAGCAAACACUCUGCAAUUUUUUCACCAGUUUCAGAAAUUGGUCGCUGACAUUUGUAUUUCUUCCAACGAAAUAACCAGGGAAUCUUGCCAGUUCAUGUCGCAAUCCUCAAUAAGCGGACUACCAUUGCCGACCGUAAAACUGAUAAGUUCCCGAUUAAAUUCCAUGAUAGACAUCAUUUCCUACAGGGUUUUACCUCUAAAUUUAAUAUGGUUUAACACGUUAGCGAUUAGUAACUCAAAGUUUUUCGAGACGCUUAAAUACGGGAUGCUGGAAGUUCAGGAGCAUUUGGAAACGUUCUGUGAUAAAAGAGAUCAAGCAGCUAUGUACUGUGAUGCAGUAAAAACAACAUUAAAACUGGAAUUUUUGAGCGGAGUACAAUCGGAUUUCCAUCAGGAGCAAUAUCUGUUGGAUUUGGGCAAGGCCCUCUACAAACUAUACUUCCAACUGUUGCUAUUGGUCGAAGCUGGCAACAAAAUGGUGCAGCAGCUUCACAACAGCCUCAAGAGUGUGGAGUUCAAAGACGUAUCUUUGGACAUACUGAACGUGAAAAACGCGCUGGCUAGGGCCAGCGAGGAUACGGACGCCGACGGCGGCAUUUCCGCUUCCGUUUCCGGCAUAAGCAACGACAACUUGAUCCAGAACUUGUGCAAGCUGAUCGAAAACGAAAAAUGGACCUCGGUCAUUUUGUUCUUCAAAUGCAACAGGGACGAGUUUUGGCGCGAUAACGAAGCCGUUUGUGAUAGGAACAACGACGUGAUGUCCAUUUUGAAUAUUUACUGCAGAAAGUUGGUUCAUGAUAAACCAGAAUAUUUCGUGAUAACAAACCAGGAAUGCAACUUGGCGGACGUUUUUGGGAGACUGUUUCAGGUAUCGGCAGCUGUUUCAGAUUUGGAAGGUGUUCUAAAAGACAACACUGGACAAUCGAGCAAACAGCUUGUCGAACCACAAUCCAAGUAGUUUUAGGAAUUAUUUAAAUUAAACACACCAGACAUAUUCAGUUUGUAUUGAAACCGAAUGCUUCAUAGUUAAAAUUUAACUAUUAUAUCAUCAUUUAAUUUUUACGCCAAUAAAUACGUAUUUUAUGUUCUCUAUUUUAUUUAUUGAUUAAUUAUGUAAUAAAUACAUUAAAAUAA